CUAGUACUGCUGAUGCUGCAACUAGAAUAGGCAACAGAGAACGUAAAGCACUGCUGUGGAUCCACGUGCAACCCCAUCUGGCAUCUGCGAUAUCUUCUCAAACUCAACCUCAGAAUCUAAUCCGAAAUCCCAACGUAAUCAUCCAUUUCCCGUUUCCUUUCAACCCUUUCUUCCCACUCUUUAAAAAAAAAAAAAAUGAAUGAGAAGAAAAUGCUUGCAAUGAAAAUUUAUUUAUUUAUUUAAAAAAUGAGAAUGAAGAGACUUGAAAUCUCCACCACCUUUGUUCUUGUUUAGCAAGUGAAACUGUCUCUCUCGGCGGAAUUUCUGAAGCUUCUCUAUCUUUAACAAAUCAGUAAAUAAAAUCACAACCCAAAGCAGGCGGCCAACUGCCAGACAAGGAAGGGCAAUUUCUCUGAAGCGCAACCCAACAACAGGUGAAAAAUGCAGGCAUCCGUGUAUUCAGUUAAAGGCAUCACCACCGGCAUAAGCGUCGGUUCUCAGCCUCGUAAUCGGAGGAGACUGCUUGCCGCCGGUGGCCUUUCUGGUGGUUUUAGGAAGAGUAGUUCUUUAUCGGUAUCAGUGUCGUCCUUUAAUUAUAGCAGUUGCAUGAGGAGCAGGAUUACUUUCUGUGGAUUGCGUCCAGCUGAAACGGUCUCCAUGGGAACCGAGCUCGUGCGUACUGCCUUUUCUAGGUCCCGUCUGGUCAAGGCUCUUUCAUCCGAGGGAGAUAUUGAAGAAGCUGCUCCUAUCCAUCCUCAGAGAAAAUCUACUGGAACUGUUUUGCCGUUCGUUGGUAUUGCUUGUUUGGGAGCAAUUUUGUUUGGUUACCAUCUUGCGGUGGUGAAUGGUGCUCUUGAGUAUCUCGCCAAGGAUCUCGGAAUUGCUGAAAACACUGUUCUACAAGGAUGGAUAGUUAGCACACUGCUCGCUGGUGCCACUGUUGGUUCAUUUACUGGAGGUGCAUUGGCGGACAAGCUUGGCAGAACAAGAACUUUUCAACUAGAUGCAAUCCCUCUCAUAAUUGGAGCAUUUCUUUGUACUACAGCACAGAGUGUACAGACUAUGAUAAUCGGUCGUCUACUUGCUGGUGUUGGAAUUGGUAUAUCUUCUGCCAUUGUGCCUCUUUACAUAUCAGAGAUUUCACCAACUGAAAUUCGUGGUGCUCUGGGGUCUGUAAACCAACUUUUCAUAUGUAUCGGGAUUCUGUUGGCAUUGGUGGCUGGACUACCAUUAGCAGGAAACCCUUUAUGGUGGAGAACAAUGUUUGGCAUUGCCGCUGUUCCUUCUAUUCUAUUGGCUCUGGGAAUGGCAUUUUCUCCAGAAAGUCCUAGAUGGCUUUUUCAGCAAGGAAAGAUUUCUGAAGCGGAAAAGUCCAUAAGGACACUCUAUGGAAAAGAAAGAGUUGCAGAGGUUAUGCAAGAUUUAGCAGUUGGAGGUCAAGGCUCUGCAGAGCCAGAAGCUGGAUGGUUUGAUCUGUUUAGCAGCCGCUAUUGGAAAGUUGUGAGUGUUGGUGUAGCACUUUUCUUUUUCCAGCAGAUGGCUGGGAUAAAUGCUGUGGUUUAUUAUUCUACUGCUGUGUUCCGCAGUGUUGGAAUUGCAUCUGAUGUCGCAGCAAGUGCUCUUGUUGGGGCAUCAAAUGUCUUUGGCACAACUGUGGCUUCAUCUUUAAUGGACAGACAGGGAAGAAAAAGUCUUCUAAUAACAAGCUUUUUCGGAAUGGCUGCUUCCAUGUUGCUGCUUUCCUUGACCUUCACUUGGAAGGUCCUGGCACCAUAUUCUGGCACCCUUGCUGUUCUUGGGACUGUUUGCUAUGUGUUGUCCUUUUCACUUGGUGCUGGUCCUGUGCCUGCUCUUCUUUUGCCAGAGAUAUUUGCCUCCAGAAUCAGAGCAAAAGCAGUUGCUUUAUCCUUGGGCAUGCAUUGGAUCUCGAAUUUUUUCAUCGGUCUUUAUUUCUUGAGCGUUGUAAACAAGUUUGGGAUCAGCACCGUGUAUUUGGGGUUUGCAGCCAUUUGCGUUCUCGCUGUAUUGUACAUAGCUGUUAAUGUUGUGGAAACGAAGGGAAGAUCCUUGGAGGAAAUAGAGCGUGCUCUGAACCCUGCAAUUUGAUUUGGGUUUUUGUCGAAAGUGGCUGUGGUAAUAAUUUCGUUGCGGUUCAUUAUUGACCUUAAGAUGGGGUAGUACCUUUUUCCCGUUUUUUGGAAGGUUUCUUUGUUCUACUGAGAUAAUGGCCCAAUGGGGCAUGUUUGCCUGUCAACCCUUCAAAUGUUAAAUCAGCGAUUCAGCGGUAACCAGCUUUGAGAGAACCACCUUUGUUGUGUAACUUAGGAUCAGAAUUGGGGCAACAGUAAUUUAUGUAGCUGGGGCUGAAUGAUAAAUUUCCCUAAGAUUUUUACCAUAUGGUUCUUGGCCUUGCAACGAAUUUUACGUUACAUGGCUGCUUAUCACA